GUUACUCUUAUUUGUUUUGCUUAGAAGCGGAAGUUUACAAAUUUCAUUAAUUUUAUGGAAAAUACAAAUUUUUCAAUUAAUAAUACUAAAUUUUGAAGUCUAUCUAUAGAUGACAUUGGUAGAUUUAUGUCAGUAUUUUCGUUUUGAGACAGAUUGAUAAUGGUUUGUGGUGUUUGGUGGACAGGAAUCAUAUAAUAUAACAGUUAAAUCAACAAUUUGCAAAAAUGGAUAAACGAAACCGCGCUUCUACGUCUGCCCUAUUACAACGAGUUUCAAAUCAGUUAAAGGGCGAGAGAGUACCAACAGUAACAAAAGAAGAAGAUGAAUUAACUGCGUAUUUAAAUACUGUGAGUAAAAGGACAUCUCAACAGGCCAAAUCAAUAAAUUUCAGUGAUUACGGGGACAUUUCAAUAUCAAGUUCGGAUAAUGUUUCAACACCUAAACAGAAAUCACCAGCAUUUGGUGCUGGAAGCAAAUUCUUGAAGAAGAAAGUUGUUGAUGAACCAGCCGCUACAUCGCAGCCGACUUCUAAACAGACGUCUGGCAGUGCACUAACAUCAACGAAGAAAUCCCCUGCCGUGACCAAUAAAGGAAGAACGAAAUCGCCCAUUUAUUCUCAUGUAAAUAUUAGCGUUGAUACGGACACGGAUGAAAGUAGAGUCGCUUAUAUAAAUCUACCUGAUACGUCGUCUGAACAGAGUGUAGGGCAUGAUGGGAAGCGGUUCAUGAAACGACCAGAAACUCCUAAAGCUACUACUAAAUCUGAGAAGACGAAUCAGAGUUCUGAUAAAAGCAAAGGUUCUAAAAAAGAUAAAAAGAAGAAUCAGCAGUUAUUAUCAUCAGAAGAAAGUUUGGCUGAUUUCAUGCAAAGAUUAUCAUCAUCUGAAUCUACUCCCAGACCUAAAUCAGCUCGAUCUUAUCAAAGACCGGCUGAUGGUGCUCCACCCAAACCACGAUCUCCUUCACCAGAAGGAAAACCAUACCGAUUUUCACCGAGUCCUAGAACACCAAGAAAGAGUGGUUCACCUAAAGUAGGUAGACGAACUCCUUCACCUCUGGCCUUGCAUUCUCGUUCCCAAUCUCAGGACUCUGAUAUGAUCGAAUCUAUUGUUAGUGAGGUUGUCGAGACACCAGACACAGCCAGUUCAGAAGAAUUGUUCAAAGUUGUAAUGGACAUUGAUGCAUUGGAACCAGCAUUGCCAGUCAAAAAAGAAAGAGACACAGCCAGACAAUCACGAAACAAAGCCAAAGAACAAAAGAAAAAGAGUCCAAAAGAAGCAAAGAAGAAGAGUACCAAACCGAUUGAAAGUGACGUGUUUAGUAGUUUUGGUUUACAAACUGUCGAAGAUUUAAUGGGUAAUUUCUCGGAUGGAAUGGACGAAAGUAUUGCCAGUGAAAUAUCGGAAGUGAGGUUCGAAAGACAGGACAGUGGUCGUAAAGUCCAGAGAAAAGAGUCGUUAUCUGAGAUAAGAACUUUUGGUUCAGGUGCAACUUCUCGAAAAAACGUUUCUUUAUCCCACACUCAGGAAAUCGAUGAUUCUAUCUCCGAGAGAAUAGGGGUCAGCAGUCGACAGGAUAAAUCGUCGAUUGCUUCGGAAGUUAAAACACAAUAUAGUGAUGAAACUGACGUCGAAUAUACGGAAGGUUUUGAAAGUGAACCAGAAAGUAUCACUGAAUCUCAAUCUAUUCGAGGAAACAAAAAACAGAGUAAAAAAGAAGCAGAUGAUAAAAGUUAUAGCGAGAGUUAUACUUCUUUUUCUGAUUCCAGAACUUAUUCUAGAAGUUAUACUCAAUCUAGUCGACCUCAGUCACCAAUUAAACGCCGUCCAAAUACUAGAAAUAUCAGUGUGCAGACGGGCGAAGAUCCGGGAUUAUCUUACAGAUGGAAGGUACCAAUGGCUACUGUCGGACCUAGUUAUGGUUUGGAUUUUGUGGAUCCGUCACCUAUAGCAACCCAUGUUAUUAGUCCAGAUGCGCUUGAAGCUAUGACAGCGUACAGUCCAGCUAUGAUAGCUCUCCAUGAUAUGUUAAAACAACAACUGAUGUUAACACAAAGUUUCCUCAGUGCUCAAGAAAGAAUCUACGCUGCAUACAAUACGUCUUUAGAUACUAAUUACCAUUACACUACACUAGAAGAUACAAAACAGUAUAUCAAACAACAUAGAAAAAAACCUCUUACUUUUAAACAAGCCUUGAAAAUGGUGACGGCAGAGAUGAAUAACUAGUUGAACGAUUUAUUAUCUCAUAACACCUCUGUUUAAUACGUCUUACACUGGAUUGAGUUUAUUAAACAUACAGGGGGGUUGGAUGGCCAAAUGGUUAAUACGUGCGCGCUAUAUCAUACGGUCUGUCAUUGAGUCAACUAGCGGGGUUUCGAUUUCUUGGUUGUACGUGACAAGGAGUACAGUAGCCUGUCCAACCUCGUGGGUUUUCUCCGGGUCCUCCGGUUUCCGCCCACUACGAAAGACCCCUACACGCAAGCGAAUUAUUGAAAUUAAAUUGAACCAUGUGGUAGUCCAUAAAUGACCUAAUUUGUGUCGAGUGGACGUUAAACAUUAUGCAAGAGCUAAAUUUGCCUAUUGCAAGUCUUUAUUUAGGCUUCAGAUGUUAUAGAAAUUAUUAGUUAGAUCUUUAUUUACAUGACAAGUUCAAAAUCACCUCUGUAGACCCUCGGGUGGCUUAGAUACAGCUUUUUUUUUUAAACAGUCGUCCAUUUAAUAAUUAUAUUAAUAAAUGGCUGACCAAGCUAACCUUUACCGUUAGUCACUACUGGAGACUGCCGAUGAAAGGUCUGCCAAUCGAGAGUACCAUAGUUAUUGAGAAUUUUACUUGAUAAUCGAGAAUAUGUGGGUGGAGUUAUCAUCUGUCAAUCAAAUGAUCGGAGAGAGAGAGAGACUCGACACAAACUAGGUCAUUUCGGGACUAACAUAUGGUUCAAUUUUACUUCAAUAAGGACCCGGAGAAAAUCCACAAGGUUGGACAGGCCUCCUCCUUGUCACGUACAACCGGGGAAUCGAAACCACGCCAGUUUACGCAAUGACAGACCUUAUACAGCGUGCGCUAGCCAUUUGGCCAUCCACCCCCCCCGUGAAUUUAGCAGAGACAUCUAUCUAGUGGGUGUAUUGGGGUCUAAUAAUCCCAUCUGUAUUCAAUAAUAAAGUGUUCAACAGAGCUGUACAUUCCUAACUGUGAUUUAAAUAUUAACUAUUUAUUUUUUAUUUAUAUACUAUGUAUUUAUUUAUAUAUUUUGUACCUAGAUUAAAAAUGUUAA